AUGCGGCCACUGACGGACGCUGAGACGACGACACUCUUUGAAAAGCUCGCUCAUUACAUUGGAAAGAAUCUUGUGCACUUGAUUGACCGGCCUGAUGAUCCCUAUGUAUUCCGUCUGCACCGUGACCGCGUGUAUUACGUCUCGGAAAGCAAUAUGAAGCUGGCCGUGUCCGUAGCACGGCCGAAUCUCAUGUCUCUCGGUACCUGUUUCGGCAAGUUUUCCAAGACAGGCAAGUUUCGUUUGCACAUAACUGCCCUUGACUAUCUCGUGCAGUAUGCACGAUAUAAGGUAUGGAUUAAACCGAAUGGUGAGAUGCCAUUCUUGUAUGGCAACCACGUCGUCAAAGCUCACGUGGGGCGUAUUACGGACGAUACGCCUGAACAUGCAGGUGUAGUGGUCCUGAGCAUGAGCGGCGUAGGACUGGGCUUCGGCGUCACGGCCCGUUCCACGUCGGAUACCCGAAACAUGGACCCCACCAACAUAAUCGUCUUCCACCAGGCCGACGUCGGCGAAUAUCUCCGUGAGGAGGAAACUCUGUUUUAG